AUGGCUCAGGACAUGACGGAGAAGGAGCUGCUCAAGAUGGAGCUGGACCAGCUGAAGAAGGAGGUGAAGAACGAGAGGCAGAUGGUCUCCAAGACGGGCAAGGAGAUCAAGGAGUACAUCGAGUCCAUGGCGGGCGAGGACCCGCUGCUCAAGGGCGUGCCCGAGGACAAGAACCCCUUCAAGGAGAAGGGAGGCUGCACCAUCAGCUGAGCCCCGUGCCCACC